CAACACUUUCCCCACUUCGUUCGUUCCGCAAACAACAAAUAAUCCCGAACUUCCCCAUCAAAUCUGAUUCAAAAAUGGUUUGUUUAGCUUGUUUGUUGCCGCUCUUUCUCGUCCCAAUCGUCAAUAUAUUACCCCUUCUCUUUGAUUACAUAAUGGGAAAGGUGUAUGCUCUUUUUGGCUGGGAAUACAGGAAGCCGGAGAGGCCACCUCCAGCAUGUCCGUACAAGCCUGCCGUCACAAAGAACGGCACUGCCGAGGUAGGCACAGGAGCUGAACCUGGUGCAACGCAGUACACGUCGAAACGAGAGGAAUUGGUAGAGACAAAGCAGGAUUGAAGUUGGAUGAGUUUUCUUGUGCAUGGACGGGAAAACAUACAUGGGGGGGAAGAUGACGACGAGGGAGUGGAGAGUUGGUGUAUUAAGAAGGUGUUUUAACCAAACUUGAUCAAAUGAUUUGAAAGGCGAGACAUGUGAUGUUUGUAAAAUGAUUUCUUCCAUCACGGAUUAAUACAAGAUUUGCUGUAACUAUCGCCUCUCAACUGUUACAAGUGGUAAGACAAAAAUAUGUGUGCUGUGUAGUUUUGAGUUUUGUAUGAGUUGGGAUCCGUCCCAAAUUCAGAGAUGAUCUUAUGGAAUCCACUUUGGAUUUUUGUAUUCAA